CUCCCCCUUCCUCCCUCCCCCUUCCUCCCUCAGCCUACAAAAGCGGGUCGAGUUUCACCAGACCCAGACAUUACAUUACAUUACAUGUCAUCUACCUGACGCUUUUACCCAGACAACACGAUGGGACUACUCACGUGGGCAGCAGUCGGCGCAGGAGCCGUAGGCGGAGUCGCUGCGGCGCCUCUAGUUCUGGGAGCCGUAGGUUUCACCUCGGCUGGGAUCGCCGCAGGCUCCUGGGCUGCGGGUAUGAUGUCAGCAGCCGCCGUGGCCAACGGGGGGGCGGUGGCCGCAGGGAGCACCGUGGCUGUUCUGCAGGCUGCAGGUGCAGCUGGUCUGGGCGCAGCUGGCACAGCGGCGGCAGCCGGCACUGGUGCAGGAACUCUGGCCGGACUGGCUGCUAUCAUCAUUUAAACACGUUUAAAACCACCUUUGCCAUUUAGGAAAGCAUUGGAAAAUCAUAAUAGUUAAUUUGCUCCAACAUCACCUUUGUCAUCUCAGAAAACUGAAAUGUUUGGUUCAAUAAAUAUUACAAACGCUG